GCUGCCAUCUCCCGUCUCGCCGAGCCGCCCCCGCCCGGCGUCAGUGGCAGGAGGGGUGACGAGACCAGAAGAAAGCGAGGCGAGAGGCGACCGUCAGCCUGCCCGGGGCACUGCCUCCUCCCCUCAUCGCCUUCCUGCCGUCGUGUGCGCCUCUGCGCCUCUCCCUCCCUUUCCGGCUUUCCCCGAUCGUGAGUCGUGACCGCCGCCUCCGAUCCCCACGACGCGGUUCUUCUUGUUCUUCUUCUGACGCCGAGCGCCACCGGUCCCAGCCGUCCCGUCCCGUCCCGACCCCGAGACCCGCGCGCUGCUCGCCGCCUUCCCCUAGACCCCGUGCGACGGGCUGACACUGAUACCGCCAUGGCCGCGUCCUCGCCGAUGGUGCUGUCGCUGCUCCUCUUCGCGUCGCUCACGGCGCUGCUGGUCCUCGCGCCGCGCCUGUCCCCGCCGCCGCAGCAGCCGGCCGCGGACGAGCAGGCGCCGCCGACCGCGGGGAGCGCCGGCGGCGGAUUCCUCCGGGUCGUCGGCGUCGGCGCCGGCGGCGAGGAGGCCGACGACCUCCGCCUGUUCCGCCGCGCCGCGCUGGAGUCGUCGGCGGCGUCAGGCGCCAAGGCCGCCGCCCCGCCCAAGGUGGCGUUCCUGUUCCUGACCAACUCCGACCUCACCUUCGCCCCGCUCUGGGAGCGUUUCUUCGCGGGGCACGAGUCCCGCCUCAGCGUGUACGUCCACGCCGACCCGGCCGCGCGCCUGCUCCUCCCGCCCACCCCAUCCUUCCGUGGCCGCUUCAUCGCCGCCAAGCCGACGCGCCGCGCCGACGCGAGCCUCAUCGCCGCGGCGCGCCGCCUUCUCGCGGCCGCGCUGCUGGACGACCCCGCCAACGCCUACUUCGCGCUGCUGUCGCAGCACUGCGUCCCGCUCCACUCCUUCCCGCGCCUCUACGCCGCGCUCUUCCCUCCGGCCCCCGGCCCCCGCCGGCGGCCACGCAGCUACAUCGAGGUGCUGACGGGGGAGCCACAGAUGCCCUCCCGCUACGAGGCGCGGGGCGGCGAGGACGCGAUGCUCCCGGAGGUCCCCUACGAGCGGUUCCGGAUCGGCUCCCAAUUCUUCACGCUGGCGCGGCGCCACGCCGUGCUGGUGGUCCGUGAGCGCCGGCUGUGGCGCAAGUUCAGGGUGCCCUGCGUCCCGGACAUGGCGCAGGACUCGUGCUACCCGGAGGAGCACUACUUCCCGACGCUGCUGGACAUGGCGGACCCCGGCGGCGUGGCGCGGUACACGCUCACCCGCGUCAACUGGACGGGGAGCGUCGCGGGACACCCGCACACGUACGCCGCGCCGGAGGUCACGCCAGGGCUCGUCGCUGAGCUCCGCGCGUCCAACCAUACCCACCCGCACAUGUUCGCGCGCAAGUUCGCGCCGGACUGUCUUGCUCCGCUCCUCGCCAUCGCCGACACCGUCCUCUUCAAGGACUGACGGACGGACGGACGGGCGGCUGGUCUGCACCAGCACCAUCGAGGUAGUAGCAGAGGCUGUGGCCAGUCAGGCCAACGACGGCGACGGCGACAGCGAAAGCAGUGCCAUUUUCUCAUGCGGUCCUUCCCCCGGCCGCGUCAUGUUCAGAGUUUUCAGUUCAGGUCCGUCCCUCUACGGUGUAGUAGUACGGUACAUGCUGUGUACUCUGUGUAGAUUAGGAGUAGAGGAAGACGAGGACGAAAGCAAUCAUCGGCGACGACCUAAUGCGAAGCGGCAGGUUGUGAUUGCGUUGCGUUGCGUGCGUGCGUCCUCCAUCGUCCAUCCGAAACAAGAAUCGCGUAUGUGUUUGCCUAGAGCAUGCAGCAGCCAAACAAGGCUUAAAUGUGUGUGUCUCGUAAGCAAUAAAACCACUUUGUAAAGGUAAUCAUGGUUGUGGGGUUGUGGCCUGAAUGUUUGUAGUGUAUGCUUAAGCAAUGCGCUUCCGGUGAAUUGUUGAGCAGUUUUACAAGAAGGAACGAACUUGGUCGAUGCAUAAGCAAUGUGCUUACGGAGUA